AUGCUUCCAUACCCACAUCCGCCUCAGGCUCACGCCGUAUAUAUGGGCGGCGGUGCUGGCGGCGAUGCUGGCGGUAUGGGUGGCGGUGCUGGCGGUAUGGGUGGCGGUGCAGCCGGCAGCAAGCCUGCCGCACCAGCUGCCACCACCGGCGGAAUGGUCAAGGGCUACACCGGUGCCGCUGGCAAGGUUCAGGGCAGCGCUGCUGUGCUGAUCGUUGCGCUUGCUGCUGCCAUUGCUCUGUAA